AUAGCUUAACAGUACGUGUCCGCGCUCGCGUCCUCAAUAAUUGUUUGUUUAUUAUGAAGAUCGGAUAUUUUUACGCUGUAAUCAAUUGUGCUUAACAUUUGUGAUCCUCAAGUGUAAUUAUUUGUUCACAGAGAUGUGUCAAGUGAAUUAUGGAUGGAGCAACUUUAGGUGCAGGUUAAUCCUGAAAGCCUCUUAUUUUAGGUUAUAAGUGCAUAGUGAAGUGUUUUUUGUAGAAUAUGUAAUAUUUAUUUUUAGCUAUUAUAAUGAAUUCGAGGCAAAUUCAGUCAUUCUUUAACAACUCAGCGGCUAUACGCCAGGAGAUUCAAAGAUUUGAAAGUGUUCACCCCUCUAUUUAUGCAAUAUAUGAUUUAAUAGAACUCAUACCAGACACUUUGAUUGCUCAGCAAAUCCGGGAUCAUGUCGUCUGCAUUGAAGAUUCCUUCGUCAACUCCCAGGAAUGGACGGUGUCGCGGUCAGUGCCGGACUUGCGACUGGGCAUCGUCGGAUCGUUGUGUUCAGGCAAGUCCGCCCUCGUCCACCGCUACCUCACUGGCUCCUACAUGCAGGAGGAGUCCCCUGAGGGAGGCAGGUUCAAGAAGGAGAUUCUCCUGGACGGGCAGAGUCAUCUGCUGCUCAUCCGCGACGAAGGAGGUCCUCCGGAGUUGCAGUUCACAACGUGGGUGGAUGCGGUGAUAUUUGUGUUCAGUCUUGAGAACGAAGCUAGUUUCAACGCCAUCUACAGCUACUUUACCAAGAUGGCGCACUUUCGCAACUCUGCAGAAAUCCCUCUCAUUCUCGUUGGCACACAAGACGCCAUCAGUGAGAGCAACCCUCGCGUCAUAGACGACGCAAGAGCUCGAAAGCUGGCUGCAGACCUCAAGCGCUGCUCGUAUUACGAGACCUGCGCCACCUACGGGCUCAACGUAGAGAGAGUGUUUCAGGAUGCAUGCCAGAAGAUAGUACAGCAGAGGUUAUCCCAGUCGACUACGUGUCUGGCAACUCCCAGCAACUCCCGUCCAUCUACUCCUCUAGGAGCUCCUCCACCUCCUCCUCUCACACUUCCUACCUCCUCCCCAGCUCCUCACUCCCCAGGCCACGCUCACACCAUCUCCCACAAGGAGGGAUCUGGUCUUGGUAGACAGAUGUGUCAAGCUCUGUCCUCUUCUAGUCAUCAACUACACAAGGCAGAUCUGCUACUAGACAACAACAAUGUUACCAAGGAUACCUUGACUAUCAGCACCAAGGAUUUACCCACACCUUCCUCCACCCCCACCACAACCAGAAAAACCCGUAGGAGAUCCAACUUGUUCAACCCCUCAAAAAAGGGUGAUGAAAAGCUGAGGAAUGGAGGAGAGUUAGGGAGUGGAAGGGCCAUCCCUCUCAAACAGGGUUACUUGUACAAGCGGAGCAGCAAAGCUUUAAACAAGGAAUGGAAGAAGAAGUAUGUUACGUUGUGUGACGAUGGAAGACUCACUUACCACCCUAGUUUGCAUGAUUACAUGGACGAUGUACAUGGCAAGGAGAUCUCGUUGCAGUAUGUUACUGUGAAGGUUCCAGGACAGAAGCCUCGUGGCUCCAAGACCAUUCCUCAGCCAUCCAACACCAACGGACUGCAUGAUUCUCUCACCUCUCUCUCCAUCACAACCAACUUGUCUGUGUUCCCAGGUUACCAGUCCAAGGAGAAAAGGGUUGCAGACAAGGUCCUUCUAACAGCUUUCGAACUGCUCAAGGAGCCAGGAAAACUCACUAAUAAUGAUGAGUCUUCAAUAAAUAAUUCCAUGUUCAAUGGAACAAGCGACUGCAAAGCAGAAACACCAAACGUCAAAAAAAGACAUCGCAGGAUUAAAAGUAGUGGUGUCAAAAACCAAGAAUGUGAAGACUCAGAUGGUUACGAGUUCCUUAUAGUUUCCCUGGACAACAAGCAGUGGCAUUUCGAGGCUAGCAACUCUGAGGAGAGGGAUGAAUGGGUUGCAGCCAUCGAGCAGCAAAUACUCAACUCUCUUCAGGGAAAUGAGAGCAGCAAGGUGAAGUCUCGGCUGCAGAAUUCUGUCGAGGUGGCUUCCCUGCAGUCAAUACGUACCAGAGUUCCCGGGAACAGUCACUGCGCAGACUGUGAUGCACCUAAUCCAGAAUGGGCUAGCCUCAACCUAGGAGUCUUGGUGUGUAUCGAAUGCUGUGGAAUACAUCGGAACCUUGGAUCACAUAUAUCCAGGGUUCGUUCUCUACACCUGGAUGAAUGGCCGCCUGGUCACCUGGCAGUGAUGUUGAGCAUUGGCAAUGCCAUGGGUAACUCUGUCUGGGAGGCUAUAGUGAAGGACCGAGCCAAGCCUACACCCUCCAGUAGCCGAGAGGAGAAGGAACGAUGGAUCCGCACCAAGUACGAGACCAAGGAAUUCCUGCCCACCUUGAAUGCAGGCAACCACUCACAGCAGUUCUUUGAAGCCAUCUGCAGAUCUGAUAUCAAAACACUGCUGCUUCUGCUGGCUCACAGAGGUGCUGAACUAGUCAACAGUGUGUCCAGCCCACGGGACCUGAGAACUCCCCUACACAUCGCCUGUGCCAUGGGGAACCUUCCUAUAGCUCAGCUACUUAUCUGGCACAAUGCCAAUGUAAAGGCAGUCGAUGGAGACGGAAGAACAUGUCUGACACUGGCCCGCGCGGCGCAGAGAUCCACCGCCACCACUGAGCUAGCUAGCGCGCAAGCCUGUGCUCUCGUAGAUCUGCUGGUGGCCAACGGAUGUCCAGAGCAAGGACAAGGAUCGAACCCUCAACCUCAACCUCCACGACACAAUAACAUUCCUCCCUUAGAUAAGUUACCGGCUAGUGUAAUUUAAGUUUCUUCUGUCUUACUAUCCCCGUCUAAUAUUCAGUGUUGUUCAGUUUACCUAAUUCAUGUCGAAGUAGUCUGGUUGGAUUACUUAUAUCUAAAAGCUUACUUAUAUCUUGUCAUUGUAGUUAUGAAUGGGUUAAGAAUUUAUGACAACUUUUGAGAUAAUGUAUUCUGUACAUUUACUAGCAAUCAUUGAUUAAAAAAUAAGUUUUUUGAAAGGUUUUAUUUGGAACUAGUAUAUCUAUAAUUUUGUCAAUCUCUGUAUCACUGUAUUUGUAUUUUUCACUCCACAAAUCUAUUACUAAGGGUGAGUUUCUCAAUGACAUUUUCAUACAUCACACAAAGACACUUUGGGUCUUCUUAAAUUAGGUAAACUGAACUUGCAAACCAAGUUACUUUAUUUAAUGUUAAGUUUUGUAAUGCAGAAUCUCUGUUUUUGUGUUUUAAAUGUAGUAAUCAUUUAAAAUCAUACCAAUAGAUAGGACACAUAAAAAUGGAUAUAAUUUUGAUGUCAUAUUAAUGAAAACGAAAACCCAGUCUAUGACACGAACCUGACAAUCUUUCAAACACUGACUGAGAAAAGUUAAAGUUAUAUAAUUACAAUAUAUACAGGGUGUGUACCAGCGGUUUUUGUAAGAAGACCGCUGGCACAGAGUUGUGGUAAAUGAAGACGUGUUUUAUUUUUAUUUUGCUGGAUUAACUUUAUUUAAAUCAGAAAACUUUGUUUCUUGAGAUUUAUCUGUUUUGUGGAAUGUCUACAGUAAGAAAUAUUGGAUCUUGUAUCAUAUGCUGUUACAAGUGUGAAAAGUAUUUAAACGGCCAGUAUUAUAAUAUUUUAUAUAAUUUAAAUUUUAAAGCUUAUUUUUCUUUUUUUAUAAGUACGAAGAAUAUUUUAAUCAAUUUUAUAUAAAUAAUCAAUAUUAUACAUUAUUAUACUUUUUUUACUUGUCAGCAACAAGUUUACCCAUGAAUCAUCAUUUUAUAUGUCUGUAUUUUAUCUGAUGAAGUACUGAUUGAUAAUAUUAAGUUUUUCCUCUGUGAUCGAUCUGCUGUAUAUAUUAACUUCAUAUAAAACCUCUGUAAACUGUUGUAUCAUACACUAUACCACUUAUUUAUUUAUUUUAUGGAUUACUUCUUUACACAUUAGUUAUAAAGACCAUAAUCGAUGUAUAUAAAGUUGGAUGCUAUUUAAAAAUUUCUUAAUUGUUUUGUAGAAGUUGUAAUGCUCAAAAGAAGUGUACUUACGAGUCUACUUGCCUUGGAAAAGUUAAGAAACCUAUCUCUGAACUUUCUGUUGUUUAUUUAACAAAAGGUCUCCUCAAUUACCAACAAUUGAAGUAGUUGAGAGAUGUUUUAGCAAAGAGGUAGCUACCAAAAAUAAUUUGGCUUAAAGAAUCAUUUUACGCCUACACGUACCAAUAUUUAUAUUAUAUUUAUUAUUUUUUAGUUCAAACUUAUGUCUUGGUAGCUGAGGGUUUAAGUGCUCGCCUAACAAACAAAAGGUCGCUGGUUCGAUCCUGUGAAGAGUCAGUAGCUUUUUGAUCAUUCGAAACUAGACCCAGCUGUUCCUGGUCAUUGGGCUUUAAAUAAAUGGUCCUGGCUAAUGAAACAGCUGAUCUUAGUCAGCAAUAAAGCUACACAGAUCACACUAUUCUACACUCAUCCUUCACUCAUAUUUGGGUUAAAAUACUCUCCUAGGAGGCAUCCCCAUCUCAAUGAUUGAUAAUUGAUCUUAUUUAGAUGUUAUUUGCCAAGGCCAAUUAAUGAUGCUUUCUAACAACAAUCAACUACAUCAUUCCCCUGUGUUUUUUAGGGUUUAACAAUUUCCUUUCAAAAGACAAACAUCUUUCUUUGAUGCAGGAUUUCUUUUUAGGGACUAAAAUUAUCAGUUUUGAGUUUUACAAAUCAAAUAAAAUAUUUUAACUUCCUGCCAGACAGUUUUAAGGUGAAAGAAUGACUGCUUAUUAUACUUUUUAAUAGGAAGAAGCAUACAUCAUUGAGCUAUCCCAGAAUGUCAUUAUUCUUAAAAGUAAUUCUUCUAAAUUGCCUCAUUCAAUAGA